AAGAGGUUCUCCUCAUUCUCAGUUGGACGACGCAUAAGAUACCUGGUAGUCGGUCCCAUGGUGCACAGUGUGCACGUACCGUGCAUAUCGACAGAGGCUACUGUGCCAGAUCACAUCAUCCGACGGCCGCCAUGAGCAAGCAUGACUCCGACCUUCGGACAGAGGUCGAAUUUCCCCAGGUUUGGGACCGUUCGCUGGCUGCUAAUCUACCUCUUUGGAGGCGGUCACACUAUCUCUCCCUCCCCUUCCAUUCCAAUUCCUCCAUCUCGACUCCCACCCGGCUUUCAGAAUCAACUAUUGCUCAUCGCAGCCACUGGGUUCUAGGAACUACUGCUUCAUCUCCAUCCCCACCACCCCUCCAGAGCCAUGUCGACCCCUCCAACCAACGGCAAUGGCAGCAGCUCGACCAGCAAGCCCAGCAACCCGCUGAAGCGAGUCGAUCUCGACGGCCACGAUCUGCCUCCCUCGCCCGCCCCUUCCAGCCCUCGCAACGGGCGGCGGAGAUACGCAUUGGCGACCGAGUUGGUGUACACAGAGAGCAAGGACCAGUAUGGCGCGUCGAGCGUGCCCAUCUACCAGUCCGCCACCUUCAAACAAUCCACAGCCCAGGGCGGCCAGUCCGAGUACGACUACACACGCUCCGGCAACCCCACACGGACGCACUUGGAGCGACACCUGGCCAAGAUUAUGAAUGCCAACCGGGCGCUGGCCGUUGGUUCGGGCAUGGGCGCGCUCGACGUCGUCUCGAGGCUGCUCCGUCCUGGCGACGAGGUGAUCACCGGUGACGACCUCUACGGCGGCACCCACCGUCUCCUCACAUAUCUCGCGACCAACAUGGGCAUCGUCGUCAAGCACGUUGACACCACCGAUGCCGAAGGCGUCCGGUCACACAUUACCGACAAGACGGCCAUGGUGCUCCUCGAGACCCCGACGAACCCCCUCAUCAAGAUUGUCGAUAUCCAGACCAUUGCGAGGGCUGCCCACGAGGCCAAUUCCAAAGCCAUCGUUGUCGUCGACAACACGAUGCUGUCGCCCAUGCUCUUGAACCCGCUCGACAUUGGCGCCGAUGUUGUCUACGAGUCGGGCACCAAGUAUCUCUCCGGCCACCACGACAUCAUGGCCGGUGUCCUCGCGGUCAACGACACGGAGCUCGGCAACAAGCUCUUCUUCAUGAUCAACUCCACAGGCUGCGGUCUGACCCCCAACGACUGCUUCCUCCUGAUGCGCGGCGUCAAGACGCUGGCGAUCCGCAUGGAGAAGCAGCAAGCCAACGCCCAGGCCAUUGCCGAGUUCCUCGAGUCGCACGGCUUCCGCGUGCGGUACCCCGGUCUCAAGUCCCACCCCCAGUACGACCUGCACUGGUCCAUGGCGCGCGGCGCCGGCGCCGUCCUGUCGUUUGAGACGGGCGACCCCGCCGUGUCGGCGAGGAUCGUCGAGGCCGCUCGCCUCUGGGGGAUCAGUGUCAGCUUUGGCUGCGUCAACAGCCUGAUCAGCAUGCCCUGCCAGAUGAGCCACGCGAGCAUUGACUCCAAGACCCGUGCGGAGCGACAGAUGCCCGAGGACAUUAUCCGGUUGUGCGUGGGCAUUGAGGAUGCCGACGACCUGAUUGACGAUCUGUCCCGCGCACUUGUGCAAGCCGGUGCUGUCACCGUCACCCUGGACGGCUUCCACGCCACUGGUGCCGCCGAGGAGGUCGGAAAGGCCCCUUUGACAGCGUAACCAACCAGACAUUGCAUUUUUGCACAUUUUAGAGAACAUUCAGCAUACGCAAAAUACCAAAAGACAAGAGGGUAGAGUCCGUUGGACAGGGUGGCGUUACGAACUGUAUUUCUUCGAAUCUGGGAGUUGCUUCGGACUCAAGCCGAACAGGGUGUUCACGGGCGUCAUUUGUGAUAACGAUAGGGAGACUUUAUCCUUGGAAUCCAAGACCAUCAAACAUACA